UCCCAGGUGGCUUUCAUGACGUUGACGCUGUUUCCCAUCCGGCUCCUGUUCGCUGCUUUCAUGAUGCUGCUGGCCUGGCCCUUUGCGCUUGUGGCCUCCCUGGGACCGCCUGAUAAGGAGCCAGAGCAGCCCAUGGCCUUGUGGAGGAAGGUUGUGGAUUUCCUGCUCAAGGCCAUCAUGCGUACCAUGUGGUUUGCUGGCGGCUUCCACCGAGUGGCUGUGAAGGGACGGCAGGCCCUGCCUGCUGAGGCUGCUAUCCUCACACUGGCACCACAUUCCUCCUACUUUGAUGCCAUCCCUGUCACCAUGACCAUGUCCUCCAUUGUAAUGAAGGCGGAAAGCAGAGACAUCCCAAUCUGGGGAACUCUGAUAAGGUACAUUCGACCUGUGUUCGUGUCCCGGUCUGACCAAGACUCUCGAAGGAAAACAGUGGAGGAGAUCAAGCGACGGGCACAGUCGGAUGGAAAGUGGCCUCAG